AUGGUACAUGCCGUUCCUUCACCACCGCCGAGGUCCACGGCGGUGUCAAAGACCUCAUAUACUCCCAAUGGCGAUCACCAUGCCAUUCCGGUGUCGUCCACCUCGCAUCCGGAUAACCCGGUGCCAGAAGAACCUCGCGGGGUGAGGUCACUGUCGGUGACGGAUAUGAGCUUCAAUGUUUCGUCCGUGGACACCGAUAGCACUCCUAGUUCGGGAUCCCCGUCGACUGUUCCUACUGAGCCUCAGUCGGACGCUGAAGACCUGACCGAGAAGUCAGAGGAAAAUGGCACCGGCCAUCGACGCCGAGCCUCGACCGUGCUUAUCUCCCAGAAUGCCGCCGAUAUGCAACGAGUCCUGCAAAAUGUUGGCGCUCCAGGCACACAGAAGAUUCAGCCGUUGUGUUGCGGCGGUGGAUGCUGCCGUAGCCAGCCCCUGAUCCGAGGUGACGGACCUGUCUCCGGCAUCGUUGUGACUCCACCUCAGAAUCAGGCCUAUGACGCUCUCAAGCUGAACGUCGAUCUCCUGACGGUGGAUAGUGAGCUCACCGGUGUUGUUGACCUCCCCGCAAAGACGGUAUCCUUUGCAGCGAUCCCUGCAUCGGCUGUGGAGAUGCAACUUGGACCAAAGGAUCACCCCCCUCCCUUCGUCCAACCCCACCCCCCGUACAAUGUAUACCGCGCUCCCCUGCACCACGCGCGAGAACUCACCAAGAGCGGUGCGGAGAAACGGACCUACCAUUUCGACAUCGACGUGACCGACUACCCUGCGGAAAGUGGCAACGUGGACUUCGUUGUUGGCGGUGCAAUCGGCGUGUGUCCGAUGAACAAAGAGGAGGAGGUCAACGAUAUCUUCAACUGCCUUGGAGUUCCCAAAUCUAUCCGUGAUAAGAAGAUUAUAGUGCGCACAAGCACGGGCCGAUGGCCCACUAUCUGGGGUGAUGACCAAGCCCGUGAAUUGAUCACAACGCGCAGAGAGCUCCUGAACUGGUGCUCAGAUAUCCAGAGUUACUCACCCUCGAAGGAACUGUUCCGUCUUUUGGGUGAAUACGCCAGCGAGCCAAACGAAAAGAAGAUUCUCAUGUUCCUCGCCUCCGCCCAGGGCCAAGGCGCUUUCUGUGAUCUCCGUACCGCCUCUCAUGUCUCCGUGUCUCAACUCCUACACGCAUUCCCCUCCUCUCAGCCACCUUUGGACCAUCUUCUUUCCGUUCUCAACACCCUGAUGCCCCGUUUUUACUCUCUUUCUCAGGACCCCCUCCUCUCCUCCGCCCAAAAGGAUGGCCAAUCCCGCCGUCUCGUUGAAGUUGCUGUCAGUGUGGCAGAGUCCAAUGACUGGAAGGGCGGAUUGCGAACCGGUGUAGGAUCUGGAUAUCUUGAGCGGCUGGCACGACAAGUGGUCGAGGCAGAGCGUCAGGGCAUCGACCCAUCGACUCUCAACCUUUAUGUCCCCAUGUUCCGAGGCCUGAUGGCCAACCCACUGGCUAAGCGGUUCCAUUCGGACGGCCCCAUGCUCCUGAUUGGUGCUGGUGUGGGAAUUGCUCCCUUCCGUGGUUUCGUCCAGCGCCGUUUGCAAUCGGCCAACUGCGCCAACAAGGUGUGGGUUCUGCAAGGUGUGCGUGAUUCCCUGCUGGACGAGCUCUAUCGCGGCGAAUGGGGCGUCGAUGAGGAGAAGGUCCGAACCGUGGUGCAGAGCCGUCGCGGUGAAAGCAAGUACGUCCAGGAAGAGGUCCGUCAUCAAGCCGACCUGGUCUGGUACGUUAUCAACGCGCUGGACGGACGUGUCUUUGUUUGCGGUAGCGGCAAGGGCAUGGGCGAGGGCGUUGAGGCUGCUCUCGUUGAUGUGGCUAUGGCCAAGGGCAACCUCAACGAAGAGGAGGCCAAAUUGUUCUGGGACAACAAGAAGGAAGCUGGCCAGUACAUUGCUGAAACCUGGUGAUGGCAUAUAUAUCUUUCUCGAAGUACAGUCGAGCUGGAUUGAACUCGGCAGUUUAUACAUUAUUUGGGUCUGGUAUAUUGGUUUACCGCAUGCAUUUGGGAUGUAUGUUCGGACUUUUGGGUUGCGUACAUUUGUGUGAUUCUUUGUUUGGUUGAUAUUAGCGGGUGGAUUUCUGGUUACCUGGUUGAGCCGGGCUUUUUCUUACUAUCAAAACUAUGGUUGUUACAUCAUAGAUUAUCUGGUAGCAAUACCUAAUGGACAUAUUAUUGGGUUAAAC